GAUAGAGAGGAGAAAAAGCCGUAUAGGAAGAGAUGCACAACCGUGGGUGCUCGCACGAUGAAAGGUUCGCCACGCUCGCGAGAACCGCAGAUAAGCCAUCGGACUAUGUCCUGAAUAACGGUUUAAAUUGCUGGGAUUGUGCACCGAUCAUACGAUCCGCCAAGCAGGGGUAAAUUAUGUCCGCCUCGGUGGGGCCCCGCGGCGGCCCUCGCCCACCCACAGCGCAGAGCUCAAUCCCCGAGCUGCCGGACCUCAGUCACCUCACCGAGGAGGAGAGGAAAAUCAUCAUGGCAGUGAUGGUUCGGCAAAAGGAGGAAGAGGCGAAGGACGAGGCCAUGUUAAAAGAGGAAAAGCCCAUACAAGCAAAAACGGUGAACCUGGUUGGGAACAAGAAACCCCCUCAGCAGAAUGACAUCAGUGUGCACCAGCAGUUUUCCAACUACAAGGAGCAGGUGAGGCAGAUCGGGCAAGAGCCCCAGCAAAGGCAGCAGGGCCAACACAAGGAUGACGCCCCCACUUGUGGCAUUUGCCACAAGACCAAGUUUGCUGAUGGCUGCGGAAACCUGUGCUCCUACUGCCAGACGAAGUUCUGUGCCCGGUGUGGGGGAAGGGUCUCUCUGCGUUCUAAUAAUGUAAUGUGGGUAUGUAACCAAUGCCGUAGGCAGCAGGAUAUGCUUACUAAAUCAGGAGAAUGGUUUUCCAGCCAAGGGCCCAAGUCUGCAGAGCUGGGGUCAGCCGUGAGUGAGCCAGCCAUGUGUGGAGACCCUAUUGGGGAGAAGAAGGAGCGCUCUAGGUCUCAGAAUCCUCUUGGCUCCUCAGUUUCCACUGCCCAUAACACCCAGCCACCUGCCCCAAACGACCCCAGCAAGGGCCUCUCUGCUGGGCCAGCUGACACACCGUCAUCGCGCUCACGCAGUGAGCCACCACAAGAUAGAAAAAAGACACCAACAGCCUCUGAUCAAAUUGGCAAGCCUGGACCAAGAGGUGAGAGGCGGCGAGGGCUAUCCAGAGUCCAAUCCCAGGGUUCUGAAGAGCGGGAGGCUGGAGAAAAUCGGAGAGAGAGUCGAAGACUGGUUAAGGCUCGCUCUCAGGAGCACAAUGAUUCUGAGCUGAAGAGGGGAAGGGCUGCGCCCAGGAAGAACGAGGGGGGACAGAGACCACCCUUGGAACAGUGCAAGAGUGACCCAAGUGCUCCACAUCACCCGGUCAAUCUUCGGCCGGCGGAGCCUGAUGGACGUAGUAUGCACCCUAAGCCAAGGGAAGCAGGGGAGGUGGGGCAGGACAACAGAGGGGCACGGAGAUGGGCAGAUGGGCGGCAGGCCUCGCUGGACAGCCAGCAGAAGGCUGUCAUGUCCGAGAGGACCGCGGGGGGUACAGGGAUGCAGGGUGUGCCUGCCGUGCAGGGUCCUCCCCCUAAAAAGAACUACACUCCACAGCCGCCAGCUCCAGGGUUCCGGGUGGGCCCUGCCAUGCCUGCUGGCCCCCCUGAGCUCAGGGAGCCCCAUGAAUGGGACAGAAAGUUGCAGCCGAGCCACCUGGACCCCGGCUCGGCUGCACUGUUGCGCAAAUCGAAGCGACAAAAAGCAGAAAGCAUGCUGCGCAAUGAUUCGCUCAGCUCCGACCAGUCAGAGUCUUUACGACCACCCCCACCCCGCCCCUACAAGAGCAAACGGGGUGGAAAUAAGAGGCAGAUUUCCGUCAGCAGCUCAGAGGAGGAGGCCGGAUCGACACCAGAGUACACCAGCUGUGAGGAUGUGGAGAUUGAGAGCGUCAGCGAGAGAGGGGACUGGGAGUGCCGUCCACUGCCCCCCACUGCGUGGCAUCAUCCGGUUACAUGGCAGCCCUCCAAGGAAGGUGAUCAUUUAAUUGGCAGAAUAACUUUGAGCAAGAGAUCAGCCAUGCCAAAAGAGGCUGGGGCUCUGCUGGGGCUAAAGGUGGUGGGGGGAAAGAUUACAGAAACAGGGAGACUCGGGGCUUUCAUCAUCAAAGUCAAGAAAGGAAGUCUGGCUGAUGUGGUGGGCCAUCUACGGGCCGGUGAUGAGGUGCUUCAAUGGAAUGGUAAAUCAUUACCAGGAUUAACCACGAAAGAAGUUUACAAUAUAAUCUUGGAUUCCCAAACAGCACCUCAAGUUGAAUUAGUAGUUUCAAGGCCAAUCGGUGAUAUACCACGAAUACCAGAAACAUCACACCCUCCAUUAGAAUCUACAGGUUCAAGUUCAUUCGAGUCACAGAAGAUGGAAAGACCCUCUAUAUCUGUCCUGUCCCCUUCCAGCGCAAGUGGUCAUCGAGACGCCCCUCAGUUACUGCCUGGACAGUUGUCGGUGAAAAUGUGGUAUGAUAAGGUUGGUCAUCAGCUGAUAGUGAACAUAUUGCACGCAAUAAACCUGCCACCCAGACUAGAUGGACGACCCAGAAACCCCUACGUCAAAAUGUAUUUCCUGCCUGAUAGAAGUGAUAAAAGCAAAAGAAGGACAAAGACAGUGAAGAAAAGUCUGGAACCCAAGUGGAACCAAACAUUCGUGUACUCUUAUGUCCACCGGCGGGAUUUCAGGGAACACAUGCUGGAGAUCACUAUGUGGGACCAACCCAGAAUACAAGAGGAGGAGAGUGACUUUCUGGGAGAGAUCCUGAUCGAGCUGGAGACUGCCCUGUUGGAUGAUAAACCUCACUGGUACAAGCUUCAAACACAUGAUGUCUCUUCCAUUCCGCUGCCACACCCGUCGCCAUACCUGCCUCGUCGACACGCCCACACAGACACACCCACCAAGAAGCUCCAGCCUAUAGAGAACCGAUCAAGAGAGAGAGAAAGAGAAAGGGACAGAAACAGAGAAAGAGAGAGAGACCGGGCAACAACGUUAAAGGUUCCUGAGCAGCAGAGGCCGACUCAGUACCGCUCACGGUCUGUGUCCCCGAACAGAGAGGAAGAGAGCAAAGGACGGUCCCGCCCACCCAAUGUCCCCGCACAGAGGAGUCUGGAUGAGGUCCAGCACAGCCGUAGAUCCCGUUCCCCAACACGCUACCAUGACCAUUCCCUUUUGCAGGAGAGAGAGAGAGAAUAUGUAGAUGACAGUGAGGUCAUCUUGAUACACAGAUCAAUGCGGGGUAGAAGCACAGAGUGUCUGCGCACCCAAAGGAGUUCUUCUAAGUACAGUAGCACCCUUCCACCUAAGAUGCCUUUAUUAGUCAAUGGAAUUCAUAAGGAUAUUUACAGUGAUCUACAGCCCUCUCUUGACAGGGUUAGAAGUGCUAGUACCAACUGUCUGAGACCAGGUUCUAAUUCCUAUUCACCUGAACGAGACAGGAUCACGCAAUCUCUGCCCCGUACCAGACCCACGAGUCCCAGGAUCCUAAUUCAGCAUGCCUCCCCAGAAGAAGACAGGCAUUCGAUAACUCUGGACAAGCCUUGCUGUCAGAAACUUGGCAAGAAAAUAUCUGACAGUGAGCGGGUGCAACCACACUCCGGCCCCUCAUUCUCCUCAUCAGCAGCGGCCCCUUCGACACGCAAAGUCAGACAGUUACCCCAAGUCCCCACCAAAAGCAGCAGUGUAGAACAAGCUCUUGCUUCAGAGGAGCGAACUCGGCAAAUGAAAGUGCGCACCUUCCGAACACCAGCUCCCUCCAGUACCAGCCAGGAUCUGGAGAGGGCGCUCAAGAAUAAACGAGAGCUUUAUAAGGAAGAGCGACAGAGCUGUGACAAUGUGUCCCAUAAAUCCUCAGACAGUGAUGUCAGCGACGUGUCAGCCAUCUCUCACGCCAGCAGUGCCUCGCGGAUCAGUAGCACCAGCUACAUGUCCAUCCAAUCAGAACGGCCCAGGGGUUGCUUCAGCCGCCACAUUCGUCCGUCCAGCCACAGCAUGCUGAAAAGUACAAGUGUUAGUGGGGAAAUCUAUUCUCUGGAGCAUACAGAUGGAAGCCAGUCAGACACAGCUCUUGGAACACUGGGAGCAGGAGGAAAAAAGCGCAGAUCCAGCCUUAGCGCACGGGUAGUUGCCAUCGUAGGCAUUCCCUCUCGCCGCAGCAGGAGCACCUCUCAGCUCAGUCAGACAGAAGCCACCAACAAGAAGGUAAAGGGAUCCAGUCAGAUCCAGCGCAGUCAGGAGACGGGAAUGGCAGUGGAGUAUCCCCGCAAUGCCAUGGCACGCCAAGCCAGCCGAGAGUCCACCGAUGGCAGCAUGAACAGUUACAGCUCUGAGGGCAAUUUGAUCUUCUCAGGGAUGAGGUUGGGGGCCGACAGCCAGUUCAGUGACUUCCUAGAUGGUCUUGGCCCUGCUCAAUUGGUGGGUAGGCAAACACUUGCCACACCUGCUAUGGGAGAUGUUCAGAUUGGACUAAUGGAUAAGAAAGGGCAUCUGGAGGUAGAGGUUAUCAGGGCCCGUGGUCUUACACCUAAAUCAGGUUCCAAAUCGCUGCCGGCUCCCUAUGUCAAGGUCUAUUUGCUGGAAAAUGGAGCGUGCAAAGCCAAAAAGAAAACCAAGAUUGCACGAAAAACACUUGAUCCUCUAUAUCAGCAAUCACUGCUGUUUGAGGAAAGUCCGCAGAGUAAAGUUCUCCAGGUAAUAGUCUGGGGAGAUUAUGGGCGCUUGGACCACAAAUGUUUCAUGGGAGUUGCACAGAUUCUUUUAGAAGAGCUGGAUCUUUCUAGCACAGUGAUUGGUUGGUACAAACUGUUUCCCCCCUCGUCAUUAGUCGACCCAACGUUAGCUCCUCUCACUCGCCGCACUUCCCAGACAUCACUGGACUCUUCAGGGCCUCCAGGCACCAGGUCCUAGUAAACAGACGAGGGUGCAACGCAAAACACGACCCAAUGGACCAAGGACCCAAGGCAACAAUCAGAGCCAGAGUGCAGAUACAGAGACAGAUGGACAGAAUCAUGAUCAAAGCUUUGCUGAAGCCUGACAAUCACUUCUCUCUUUUACUUUUGAUCUUUGGGUUGUAGAGAUUUCCUUUGAUCCACUCUGCUCCUUACUGCAUGUUUUGUUGCCGAGAUGACGGUUCGACCCAAAUAAAAGAGAAGGAACACAAGGCCGCUGAAUAAGUGAUCUGCUUCAUUUGACAGGGAGUGGUGCUGGUAACCUAGAUCGCUCUGGUCAGUCAGCACAUUUGUUUUGUAACCAUGAGUCUUUCAGAGAGGCAGCAAUGUGACAGAGAAUCGGUGAGAGAGAGUGGACAGCACUGCCCCUCCUCUAAAUUGCACUUAUAGGAAGUCACUCUGCUGAGAGAGACCAGAGGUCAAGUUUUAAAGGUCAAGAUUAAGUCUUCUCAGAGUGUUUGUUUCCUGUCAUCCGAGGCUCCAUCCAGUGUCGAUCUGGCACAAACUCAGACUCAGAUUGUGUGAUUGUGUGUGUGUGAGAGUGUGUGUUUGUGUCUAAGAAAGCAGGGACGCCUGAAAACCUUUUAAGUCUGUUUACAGCAGUCGCCACUGGCUGCUAUGCCUUUUCACUUUACUGUUGAUUUGGUAAAUAGGCACACUUUGUAGAAUGUGAAAACAUGUUUCAUACGAGCUUCAUGGAAGACACAAAACCACUUGUAUUUAAACACUGGGACUGUAAGAAGCUGCCAAUAUAACUUAAUUUUGUUUGGUUUUUUCAACCCUACCAAGAAUUUAAAGAAAUGGUCAACUCUUGCAUUAGCUAAUUAAUACUUUUGAAUUCCCUUUUUUGGGUUCUUGCCAUCACAACACAUAUAUUACUGGCAUUUCAGAGCAAUUUUAUUCUAUUCUUUUUGGUAAAGGACCUGUACAUACCACUAUUAAAAUUUCUACCCAACUAGAGUUUACAUUAUUUUAAAGCAAGCACAAUUGCUUGAAUUAAAAAAAUAAAUAAAUAAAUAAAAAAUUAGCUUUUGGGAAACCCCAGAAGAGGCCAAAUUAUCAUAUGCUUCCUAUUUUUAGCUGUUUGUCAUUUGUUUCGAGUUUAGUUU